AAGCAACGGGGCUCAAGCUUGCGAUGCCCAUUGACAUGUUGUGUGCGGGAUGUCAGCAAGGCAUUGACGGUGCCUAUGUCAAUCUGAAUGGGGAGGCCUUUCACCCACAGUGUCUGACCUGCCAGACAUGCGGCACACCUCUUCAUUCAGUUAUCAUGAAGGAUGGCAAGCGUGCGUGUCAGCGCUGUGCCAGAGAUGUUUGCUCCCAAUGUCAGAGGCCUAUGGAGCAGGGCCUUAUGUUCGAAGGGCAAGCCUGGUGCAGAUCCUGCUUCAAAUGCGCAGGAUGUGGAAAACCACUCACCUCUGCCUACAAGUCGGAUAAGCCAGGACAGAUUGGAGUGUUUUGCAAGGACUGCGUUUCACCACACUGCUCAAAGUGUGGCUCCGUCAUAGACGGCCAGGCAGUGCAGUGUGGUGAGAAGGUACUGUGUUCUCGCUGCUUUGCGUGCGAUUUCUGCGGAGCGCCCUUUCCUGCAGGCCAGUUCUAUCUCAAGGAUGGGGGCAAAGCGUGCGGCAACUGUGUCAAUCAGGUGCCCCAACAGCCCCAACAGCCCCAACAGCCCCAACAGCCCCAACAGCCCCAACAGCCCCAACAGCCCCAACAGCCCCAGCCCAGACCUGGACCCUACUUGGGAAGUGGACCUGCUCCAGCUCCAGGAGAAGGGAGGCGAAUUGUUGUGAAGGCGCAAAAGGAUGAACAUACAUUGUGGCAGUGGCAGGGUGGCUACUGUCAACAUGGUGAUCAUGCUGGUCGUCCACUCUUCGUGCGGGACACUGCUGAUGGGCAAUCACUGUUCUUCAUAUACUUCCACCCAAAUUUUGGCAAGUGGUUCAUUGGGCCAAGUGUUUGCUCAAGCGGAUCUGUGAACUUCAGUUGUCAGUCAGCGGACGACGCUGCCUCGCCUGAUCUUUGCCAGUGGGAUCCACAGAUGGUGCAGAAGAUUUUUGAGCCGGAAGAAGUGUUCGACAAAACAUCUGAUGAUCUCGGCGCCGGAGCGUUGUUUGAAGAUUCACAGUUUCCUCACACUCUCGUGACCAUCAACGGCCCCGGUGUGUCUGCCACUGGUUUGCAGGAGGCCGUUUGGGUGCCCGCAAGGAUGCUGCGCAAGGGCCAUUGGCAGCUUUUUGAUGGCAUCGCUCCGAGGGAUUUGCUUCAGGGUGAGGUGGGAGAUUGUUGGCUGAUUGCCGCCCUUUCGGCUUUGGCCGAGUACCCAGAAUCCGUCAAGAAGGUGUUCAAGGUGGACGGCUCCCAAACCGAUGGCCGCUUCGUCCUGGAAUUGUUCGACCAUAGAAGCAACAAAAUGGUUGAUGUGGAAGUGGAUGAAUUCAUUCCGUGCGAGAGGGCGUAUUGGUGGGCAGAAGAGACAAGGCCCUACUUCUCCAAGCCCAAUGGCAACGAGAUGUGGUGUUUGAUGAUGGAGAAGGCCAUGGCAAAGCUCUUCGGGAGCUAUGCCCAUUUGGCAGGAGGCGUUCCCAACACCUGUUUUCGCGCCGUCACGGGCUGCUCGGAGCAGUUCCUUUGGUCUCGCAAAGGGCCUGGUUGGAUGAAGAGCGUGCUCUCAACUGAGAACCUGAACCAGUUCAUGUUUGGAGCAGAUGCGCCAAAGGCUUCCAAUGAUGACUUCUGGGGGAUUCUGAGCCGUCACUGCUUUGAGUGCCAUCUGAUGGGCGCAUCCAUCGAAAGCCCCACGCAGGCUGAAAGGCCAGAUGGGCUGGUUGCUGGGCAUGCUUUUGCAGUGCUGGUGCUGUGUGAUGUGCCAUCCGGAAGUGGAAGUCUGCGGCUUGUGUUGCUGCGGAACCCUUGGGGCAACGAGAAGGAGUGGAAGGGGCGCUGGUGCGACAACCACCAGCUGUGGGCGCAGCACCCCGAAGUGCAAAAUCUGCUCCGCCCGAGCUUCAAGAACGACGGGCUCUUCUGGAUGCAGUGGGAGGACUUCAGCGCCAUCUUCAACCAAAUCCACAUCAGCGGCAAGUCCAUGCUGCACGGUGAGAACUUGGCCAAAGCCCAAGCAGCCUUGAAGGACUUCCGCAUUUUCAAGCUUUUUGCGGACUCCCAACAUCUCAGUCGCACGAGGGCGGGCUACGCUUGAGGCCUCGGGCCAUUGCUGAUAUUUUCACGCAGUAAAA